AUGCAUCAAUUCCCAGACUGCGAAGAAAUCAUGACCGCCCUGGAUGAAUGCCAUGCCCAGGGAUUCCUCCACAAAGCAAUUGGAAGUUGCAAUGACAUCAAGCGCGAUGUGAACCGGUGUCUCGCUGGCGAGCGUUAUGACCGCGCUAAGCGGAAUCGCGACCAGGCGCGCAGCAAUCGGCGACGUAUUGAAGAGAUCUGGGCCAGGGAACGGGCUGUGGAGCAGGGUCCUUCGAACACCAAUACCGAAAAUACGGGUGCAGCAAAGCAAUAA